GUUUUUUUUAAAAAAAUGUUCGGUUCCUUAUUGAAGUGCCUUGUCUUGGCGCUCCUUGUCAGCGUGCACAGAGUCUUGGCAGACUCCCUCGUACUCCCCCGGUUUGAGGAGGUAGAUGAGCCCAGUGACAGUGCCUCAACGCUGGCCUUUGUGUUCGAUGUUACCGGCUCGAUGUACGACGAUCUGAAGCAGGUGAUUGAAGGGGCCUCUCGGAUCCUGGAAAAGACCCUCAGCCGGAGGACAAGACCCAUCAAAAACUUUGUCCUGGUCCCCUUCCACGACCCAGAUAUCGGCCCUGUGUCCAUCACCACUGACCCCAAAAAGUUCCAGCAGGAUCUGCAAGAGUUGUUUGUCCAGGGUGGGGGCGACUGCCCUGAGAUGAGCAUAGGAGCUAUAAAGAAGGCCUUGGAGGUUUCGCUGCCAGGAUCCUUCAUCUAUGUUUUCACCGAUGCCCGGGCCAAGGACUUCCGCCUGAAACGAGACGUUUUGCGACUGGUGCAGCUCCGUCAAUCACAGGUUGUUUUUGUGUUGACCGGAGAUUGUGGGGACCGCUCUCAGCCCGGUUACAGGGCGUACGAGGAGAUCGCCGCCACCUCCUCAGGACAAAUCUUUCACUUGGACAAGCAGCAGGUGAACGAGGUUUUAAAGUGGGUAGAAGAGACGGUCCAGGCCAUGAAAGUCCACCUGCUGUCCUCUAAUCACGACAGUGCCCAGGAAAACAAGUGGGAAGUGCCCUUUGACCCCAGUCUCAGGGAGGUCACCGUCUCACUCAGCGGACCGGCACCACAAAUCGAGCUCAGCGACCCCUAUGGUCACGUAGUUGGUGCUGAGCAGGGCCUUAAGGAACUGUUGAACAUUCCCAACUCAGCUCGUGUCAUCAACUUGAAGUUUCCCAGACCCGGAUUCUGGAAACUCAAGGUGAGCUGCAGUGGGCGCCAUACUCUGAGGGUGACAGGGGUCAGCAGUCUAGAUUUCCGGGCUGGCUUUUCGACUUUGCCUGUGUCAGAGUUCAACCACACCAGAGAAAGACCAAUCAAAGGACUUCCAGCUCAUGUCAUGCUAAAAUGUACCGGCCUGAAGCCGCCGGGUUACCUGAGCCAGGUGGAGCUCAUGUCUGCCUCGGGACGCUCCUUACGCACCAUCCCCAUAUCUCUGCCCUCUGACCUCGGCCAACAAGGGUUAUGGACUCUCCCGGAGUUCCGCACCCCACCGCAGAGCUUCUUCAUCAAGGCAACGGGCAAUGACGAAUCAGGCUUCCGCUUCCAGAGACUGUCAAGUGUUUCCUACACCAACAUCAUUCCAGAUCCCCCAGCUGUGAGAAUGCCUGAUGUGGUAAGGGGCUUUUACAUGCAGCCUGCCACCAUUGGCUGCUCAGUGCAGAGUGACAUUCCCUACAGGCUGAGAUUCACCAGAAGUGGGAUCACACUGGGAGAGGAGAAGCAUUUUCAGAAUUCUGCUGUAGCAUCUUGGGAGAUUGCACAUGCAUCCAGUGAGGAUGAAGGCACGUAUGAGUGUGUAGCACAGAGCAGCGCAGGACAAGGACGGGCUUUAACGCAGCUCACCAUUCAAGAGCCGCCUCCGGUCUUGAGGCCCGCAGUGAACGUGACUUCCUCCGUGGGAGGCGUGGCCGUGCUGUCGUGUCAGGUGGACGGCCGCAUGCGUCACAACCUGACGUGGCAUCGAACUGGCCGCGCCAUCCACGCCCGAGCGGGCCGGGUGAAGCUGCUGUCCGACUCGUCGCUGCAAAUCAGUGGAGUUCGGCCGCAGGAUGCCGGGGCGUACCGGUGCGAGGCCACCAACGCCCACGGAUACAGCGAGAUCACAGUGUGGCUUCUUGUUCCAGAGGCUCCUUCUGUGGAAGUUCGCCCCCGGACCCAAACGUUCUCCCGAGGGGAUGAGAUCCGCUUCGUCUGCUCGGCGUCCGGCUCCCCCCCUCCUCAGAUCUCCUGGAGCCAUGGAAACGUGCCCCUGGCUAAUCAGCUGAGGUUCAGUCUAAAGAAAGAUGGAGUUUUGACCAUUCGGGAAGCCCUUCCAGAGGACGCCGGGGACUACACAUGUCAGGCGACCAACGAGGCUGGGAGCGUCUCUCAGUCUGCGUCACUGACGUAUGCAGAGGUGCCAAGAUUAACAGUUACUCAGCAAGUCGUGCUAGUAUCUGUCGGCAGUGAUGCAACUUUGGAGUGCCAAGCCACAGGUGUCCCUCCUCCCAUCGUCCGCUGGUUCAAAGGUGAGCUCGAGGUGGGCUCUGCUCCUUUCGUAGAGCAGGAUGUGCACAGCGGGACCUUGCAGAUUCGAGGCGUGCAGGAAGUCGAUGCUGGUCAUUAUAACUGUGUGGCCAGCAGCUCUGCUGGAACCUCCAGUGGCACUGUUAGUCUAGAGGUUGGAGUCGGCCCAUUGUUUUCCGAGGCACCGGCCGACAUGAGCGCUAACGUCGGGGAGAACAUCACCCUUCCCUGCAUCGCCCGAGGUUUCCCACAGCCGACAGUGAGCUGGCGCAGGAAGGACAGCAGACAGAUUCUCGCAAGAACAGGCAGCGGCAGCAGGACAAUGCAGACGGAGAGUGGCCAUCUUUCAAUUCAAAGUGUGUGGCUGCAUGACGAAGGCGUAUACAUAUGUGAAGCCAAGAACCAGUUCGGGACCAUUAAAGCUGAGGCCAGAGUUAGCGUCACUGGACUGGAGCCUCCUGUCUUAGCCCAAGCUCCACCAGUCAUCACCACAGGCGCUGGCCAGUCCCUUAGUAUUCCUUGCAUGUUGCUGGAUGGAAUACCGCUUCCAGAAAGACAUUGGUCCAGUAAUGGAAAACCUGUCCAAGCCAAUGGGAGAAUGUUCGUAAGGAGUGACGGCAGUUUGUACUUUGAAAGAACCCUCCCAGAAGACAGUGGGACUUACGUUUGCUCUGCAGUGAACGUAGCGGGCUCCACGAACAUUACGGUCAGCUUGGAGGUGCAAGUGCCCCCUGAGAUCAGAGCCGGUCCAUACCAGUACAUAGCCAACGAGGGUGUAGCCAUAACACUGGCAUGUGAGGCCAGCGGAGUUCCCAAACCAGUUGUUGUCUGGUCCAAGGGAAGGCGGCCAGUACCCAGAGACGGCCCCUCUCUACAGCCUGACUCUGACGGAUACCUCCACAUACCACACCCCGCGUCCGAUGAUGCAGGCAUCUACAUCUGCACUGCCACCAGUCCGGUGGGCUAUGCUAGCCGAGAGAUCCAGCUCAGUGUCAACAGUCUGCCAAAGAUUAUGGGCGUGAGCGGCCAUGACAACAUCGUUAAGAUGGCGGCGGAAGUGGGGACUGAGGUGGUUCUUCCCUGUGAGGCCCAGGGAAAUCCUUCCCCAUUAGUCACAUGGAACCGCAACGGGCAUCCCAUCCCCCCCGUCACAUCUGGGUUCACUGUUUUGCCCUCAGGCUCUCUGAGGAUCACUGAUGUGCGUCUGAUUGAUAGUAAACUGUACACCUGCACUGCAGAAAAUCCAGCAGGGAAUGUGUCCUUGAGCUACAGUUUACACAUUCAAGCCAAGCCCAGAAUCCAGCCAGCACCAUCCAUUCUGAAAGCCAUGCUUGGCCAAACAGUGGCUCUCCCUUGUGUGGUCCAAGGAGAACCACAGCCUGAGAUCAGCUGGUUCCACAAUGGACGUCCUGUUGGCAACAAGAACUCUGUACCCUUGAGGAUCCAUCCAGUCGCCCUUGCAGACCAGGGCACAUACCAGUGUGUGGCCAAAAACGGUGCUGGACAGGAAACAUUAGAGAUCACGCUGGAAAUUCUUGAGGCCCCGUACUUUGCAGAACCUGGAGAUGCCAUCUUGGAGAAAGUGGUGAACAGCAAAGUCGUCAUCUCCUGUCGUGCUAAAGGUUCACCGCAUCCCAGGGUACGCUGGUUUAAGAAUGGCCUGGAGAUCCAUCCAGAACAAUCAGAGUACUCUGUGGCGAGGGAUGGCGCUCUUGUAAUUAGCGCAGCAUCUGCCAGCCACAGUGGAGACUUCAAGUGUGUGGCAACCAACGAGGCAGGCUCAGUAGAGAGGAAAACCAGGCUAAAAGUAAACGUUCCUCCGGAGAUCCAAGACGAUGGUCAACCACUGAACCUCACUGUCACCUUGAGGCAGCCACUCACUUUGGGCUGCGAUGCGUUCGGCAUUCCCUCCCCACUAAUAACCUGGACUAAAGAUGGUCAUGCUGUGGACGACACCGGUGUGUAUCUCCAGAACGGGAACCGACUGCUCAGAAUCUACAGAGUUCAACAUGAACACGCAGGUCAAUUUGCCUGCACAGCUCAAAACUCAGCUGGAGAGGCAAGGAGACAAUACAACAUAGUGGUACAAGCUCCUCCAGUGAUCUCGGGAACAUCCCGCCUGCAGGAGCUCACUGUGGUGCAGGGUCUGGAGGUGGAGUUCCAGUGUCGGGUCAGUGGGCGACCAGCACCCAGAGUGGAAUGGAGCCAUGAUGGAGAGGUUCUGUCCCCCGACGGAGACCCUCACGUGGAGUUUCUGGAAGACGGCCAGGUCCUAAAGGUGAAGUCAGUCAGACUGAGGGACCAGGGCCUUUACCAAUGUCUGGCCAGGAACAGCGCAGGAACCCAGAUGCGCCAGUUCAGACUUACAGUUCAAGCUCCACCCGUCAUCAAGGGAACAAAUGAGACUUCAGAGGUGUCAGUGGUGCUGGGUUUCCCCACAGUCCUCUCCUGUAAUUCUGCGGGCUCGCCUACACCCAGCAUCACAUGGCUGAAGGAUAAUCAGCCCAUCGUGUCCACCCCUCAGCUGACGUACACCCUUGGUGGGCAGGCUCUGCGCCUGGGCUCAGCACAGGGAGACAGCAGCGGCCUUUACACAUGCAGGGCCACAAAUCCAGCAGGCACAGCCACCAAGCAUUAUUCUCUCAGUGUUUUGGUCCCACCGCAUAUAGAAGGAGAUUCUUCAUCCUUGACAUUUUCUGGUCAGGAAGAGAAAGUGCGGAUAAACGGAAGUUUAACUCUGUCCUGCUUGGCCAAAGGUUUCCCCGAACCCAAAGUUCACUGGUUUAAAGAUGGACAGUUGCUGACUGGGAGCCACCAGGCUGGCAUUCAGGAGAGUGGCCACCUCCUCCACAUAGAAAAUGCCGCGCUUUCCCAUGAAGGACAGUACACUUGUGUGGUGUCCAACUCUGCCGGAGAGGAUAAGAGAGACUUUCACCUCACUGUUCAAGUCCCGCCGAUCUUCCAGCGGGUGACCAACACGGAAGCAGCCUGGGGUUUGGGACAUGAAGGGGACAACGAGGACAGGGUGCAAAAGCGGGACGUUGUCUUGGGUCACUCAGUCAGCCUGUCCUGUGAGAGCAAUGCCAUCCCUCCGCCAAAACUCAGCUGGUACAAGGAUGGGAGAAAACUCACCUCCGCUGACGGAGUGAUGCUGCAUCCAGGAGGACAGGUGCUACAGAUCCCUCGAGUGCAACAGGAGGACGGUGGAAAGUACACAUGCCAAGCUGUAAAUGAAGCAGGAGAGGAUCACAUGCAUUUUGAACUGGAAGUCCUCAUUCCUCCUGUUAUUAUGGGAGCAUCAGAGGAGUUUAUGGAGGAAAUGGGAGCAGUGGUGAAUAGCACCGUGGUUCUACACUGUGACGCAACGGGACACCCCAGUCCGGUGGUCUCCUGGCUGAGAGACGGGCAGCCGGUGAGCACAGACUCGCAGCACCACAUCAGCAAGGACGGAACACAGCUUCAGCUUCUCAGUGUGCAGGUUUCAGACAUGGCUGACUAUCUGUGUAUGGCUGAGAAUAAGGUCGGAACAGUUGAGAAGCAUUUCAGUCUGGCAGUCCAAGUGCCUCCUAGAAUAACUGGUCCCAAUGAAGAGGAGGUGAGUGUGAUCGAGGGGCUCAUGGUGUCACUGCUCUGUGACGUCCAAGCGUACCCUCCCCCAGAGAUCACCUGGACCAGGGAUGGGCAGGUUCUCCAUUUUAGCACCACGGUUCACAUUCUGCCAGGUGGCCAGAUGUUACAGUUGCCUCGGGCGAGACUGGAAGACGGAGGUCAAUAUGUGUGCACCGCUAGCAACUCGGCAGGGCAGGACCAGAAGAGCUUUUACCUCAGCGUUUAUGUCGCGCCCUCGCUAAUACCUCGGCUCGACGCUGAGACGGACAGCUUGACCCCCCAAGUGGGCUCUUCAGUCGUCCUGCGGUGUGACGCUCACGGCGUUCCCGAGCCAGAGGUCACAUGGUACAAGAAUGGGCGGCAACUGGCCGAAGGGAACGGGCUGAAGAUAAACGGCCACCAGCUGGAGGUCAUAGGCGUUCAGACUACAGAUGGCGGAAUAUACACAUGCAAAGUGUCCAAUGUUGCUGGACAGGUGGACAGGACAUUUCGUCUGACAGUCCAUGUUCCACCGGUGCUUGAUGGGCCUCAGCGGGAGUCUGUCAAUUAUACCCUGGGCUCCCAUGUGGCCCUGCUGUGUGAGGCCACAGGAGUGCCUGUCCCCAGCAUCACUUGGCUGAAAGAUGGAACUCCCAUAGAGAGCAGUCUGCAGUGGCAGUGGUCCGUUCGAGGUAACAGGCUAGAGCUGGGCCCUCUCACUCUGUCUCAUGCUGGGACCUACACGUGUCUGGUAAAGAACAGCGAAGGACAAACCAAGAAAGACUACACACUCACAGUGCUUGUCUCACCCACCAUCCUGAACUCCGACCAAGCAUCCGAUGUGAGUGCACCCACGGGAGAGGAGCUGACCCUGGACUGCAGAGCAAAUGGGAUCCCCACGCCCCGCCUCAGCUGGCUGAAAGACGGAGAGCCUUUGGAGGGAUCAGACACGCAUCACAUCGUUUUGACCCCUGGGGGCAGCACAUUAACUGUAAGGAGGCUGAGCCCUGAGGAUUCUGGGACGUACACGUGCUUGGCUGUCAGCUCUGCCGGCCAGGAAAGUAAAAUCUACACGCUCGUUGUUUUAGUCCCACCAUCGAUUUCUGGUGAGACGACAGUCCCCAGAGAGGUGCAGGUGAUUCAGGACAGCGUUGUGACUCUGGAGUGUCACGCAGACGGAAACCCUCCGCCUCAGAUCAGCUGGCUGAAGAACGGCCGUCCGCUGCUCCUCUCUCCCCGCAUGCGCCUCCUCUCUGGUGACUCCUUACUGAGGAUUGCUCCUGUGCAACAAUCGGACUCCGGGGUUUACACAUGUGUGGCGCGGAGUCAAGCCGGCCUCGCUGAGCUGAGCUACGAUGUGCAAGUCCAAGUGCCCCCUGGUGUUGAUCGCGUGGAACCAGUGGAGCCAGUAACGGUAGUCCAGGGAUCCUUGGUGACCUUAACCUGCGAGGCACGCGGGUUUCCGCUUCCCACACUGACCUGGAUGAAGGAUGGACAGCCGCUAUCUUUACACAGAAACCUGCUGCUGGACGGACAGGAGACGCGGCUCCAGCUGGCUGAUGUGACCCGUUCAGAUGAAGGCCUGUACAGCUGUGUGGCCAGUAACCAGGCGGGAAGCAGCACCAAAAGCUUUAACCUCACCGUGCUCGAGCCUCCAAAGAUUUCCCGCUCUGGUUCUCCAGAAGAGCUGACCAUACCAGUAAACAGUCCACUUGAGCUGGAGUGCUCCGCUUCAGGCGUCCCACCUCCCACCAUCAGCUGGCUGAAGGACGGCCGUCCCCUGGAGGGAGCCGACAUCGUUCAGCGGGACGGACACGCUGUCCGGAUCAGCAAAGUUCAGGUCGAGGAUGCAGGUCUCUACGCCUGCUUGGCCAGCAGCCUAGCCGGAGAGGAUGGAAAAAGCCACUGGGUCCGAGUGCAAGUCCCGCCUACGCUCCUCGGGUCUAGUGAUGUAAAGUCGGUGACCGUGCCAUUUAACGGACACCUGACCUUAGAGUGCCUGGCGGACAGCAACCCCCCUCCAGACAUAGAGUGGUACAAGGAUGAUGCCAAGCUGCAGCUUGGUGGUCGCAUCCAGCGGCUGGCGGGAGGUCAGUACCUGGAGAUUCAGCAGGUCAAGCCUGAGGAUGGCGGCCAGUACAGUUGUGUUGUCACAAACAUGGCUGGAAGCACCAGUCUCUUCUUCACUGUGGAGAUUAUGUUACCACCAGUGAUAAAGGAAAGCAGCUCCUUGGUGACGGUUCAUCUUGGCCAGGAUGUGGUUUUACCCUGUGAAGUUGAAGGUGGCUCCUUACCUGCGGUCAUCUGGAGGAAAGAUGGCUUCCCUGUGCCUCAGGAUAAUAAUAAGUUCACACUGUUAUCUGAAGGCUCCUUGCGUAUAGGUGGGGCUCAGCUGAAUGACGCUGGUCGCUAUUACUGCACAGUGUCCAACCCGGCUGGCUCAGAUCACCGCGCCAUGGAUCUACGUGUGUUUGUGGGUCCUUCUGUCAGUCCAGGUCCAUUCAACGUAACAGUAACCACUGGAACUAGAGCUGUGCUUAAUUGUGAGACCACAGGUAUCCCACCACCUAAAAUAUCCUGGAAGAGGAAUGGUACACCACUUGACAUUAACCAGCAGCCUGGUGCAUACAGGUUACUGUCUUCUGGGUCUCUCGUUCUUUUGUCUCCAUCUGAUGAGGAUGAAGGUUACUUCGAGUGCACGGCGGUCAACGAGGUUGGAGAGGAGCGCAGGGUCAUUGAGGUCAUCCUCCAAGUCCCACCUUCUAUUGAGGACGACGUCACAGCAGUGAAGGCUGUGAAAAUGUCUCCUGUGGCGUUGCCUUGUCAUGUUCAAGGACAGCCUCCGCCCACUGUGACCUGGACGAAGGGAGGAGCCAAACUGGGGGCCAGGGGAGGAAGUUACCGUGUUCUUCCCACUGGGGUGUUGGAGAUACUUGCAGCUUUGCCGAGUCAUGCUGGCAGAUACACAUGCUCAGCCCGAAACCCGGCUGGAGUGGCUCACAAGCACAUCUCCCUGACCAUACAAGAGCCGCCAGAGAUCAGGCCGAUGGGAGAGGAGGUGCAAGUAUUGUUAAAUCAUGGAACUGUUCUUCCCUGUGAAGUUCAAGGAUUCCCCAGACCAACAAUCAUCUGGCAGAGAGAAGGAGUUCCUAUAGCAGCUGGUCACAGGCUGGCUGUACUGUCAAAUGGCGCUCUGAAGUUCUCUCGUGUGACUCUUGGAGAUGCUGGGACCUAUCAGUGCCUAGCAAAGAAUGAGGCUGGUGUAGCUGUAGCGAGAACCAAACUGGUCCUUCAAGUUCCGCCAGUGCUAAGUGUGCCUCGAAUUGACUACACUGCUGUCUUAGGGCAGCCAGUCAGUCUGGAGUGUGCGGCUGAUGGUCAGCCACAACCUGAAGUUACUUGGCAUAAAGAGAGGAGGCCUGUGGUUGAUGGUGCUCAUAUGCGUAUCUUUGCCAAUGGAACUCUGGCAAUUGCUUCCACGCAGCGGAGCGAUGCAGGGAUCUACACAUGUACAGCUAAAAACCUGGCCGGCAGAGCUAGCCAUGAUAUGAGGCUAGUUGUCCAGGUUCCACCCAUGAUUCCACCAGCGCAGACGGAGCUGUCCGUGAUUCAGGGGUUCCAGGCUCUGCUGCCGUGUGCGGCUCAGGGUUUACCAGAGCCCAGAGUGUUGUGGGAGAAGGAUGGCGUUGUUGUCCCAAACCUUCUUGGCAAAUUCACCAUCCUACGAUCUGGAGAGCUGAUUAUCGAGAGAGUGGAGCCGGGAGACGCUGGGAUAUUCACGUGUGUGGCCACCAACCCCGCGGGCUCUGCGAGACGAGACGUCCGCCUGUCAAUCAACACCAGGCCGGUUUUCAAAGAGCUGCCAGGUGAUGUAACCCUGAACAAGGGGCAGAGUCUGGCCUUGUCCUGUCAUGCUCAGGGAACACCUCCACCCUCCAUCUCCUGGACUAUCAACAACAAGCCCUACAGAGGAGCCAUUACAGACGAGGCAGGCAGGAGCUCAGUCCUCUCUGAGAAUGUGACUCUGAAUGAUGCUGGGACCUACGUGUGCUUGGCAGAGAACAGUGUGGGCUCCAUCCGAGCGCUAUCAUUCGUCCGUAUCAGAGAGCCUCCGGUGUUAAAGGGUGAAGCCCACACAUCUCAGACGGUUGUCCAGGGUGGCACCGCAAUGCUUGACUGUCCAGUUCGCGGAGACCCCAGUCCCGUCCUCCGCUGGCUACGAAAUGGGAAGCCCUUACACCGCCUCCUCCGAAUGCAAACACUCCACAAUGGAUCUCUGGUCAUUUACAGCAUAACUGUUGCAGAUGAAGGAGAGUAUCAAUGUGUGGCAGAGAGUGAGGCCGGAUCAGCCGAGAGGACCAUAACCCUCAAGGUUCAGAUUCAUGGAGGUUACUCCAGCUGGGGGGAAUGGGCUCCGUGCAGCAGUACAUGUGGUCAAGGUUUUCAGGAACGAAACAGACUAUGCAACAAUCCGGCGCCGGCAAACGGCGGUCGCACCUGCAGCGGCCUGAGCACCGACUCAAGGAAAUGUCAGACUGGUUUGUGUCCAGGUGAGGUUCCACGUAAGACUAGAGGCAGUCUCAUAGGGAUGGUGAAUGACAGAGAGUUUGGUGUGUCCUUCCUGGAGGCCAACAUCACAGACGACAAGGAACAAGGCAGCAGCACUCUGGAGGCACGUCUGGACAACAUCCCUCCUGCAGUCGGUCCCUUCCUGCAGGUUCUGGUGUCUGUUUUCACUCCCAUCUAUUGGACCACUGUGCUUCAAAACGGAGCCACCAGAAACGGGUUCUCCUUCACACAGGGCCAGUUCAGACAGGAGUCUCAGCUGGAGUUUGAGACCGGAGAGAUCCUCCGUCUGACCCACGUGGCCAGGGGAUUGGACUCGGAGGGAGUUCUGCUGAUUGACAUCGUAAUCAACGGCUUCGUUCCGCCAUCAUUAUCGUCAUCUCAUCUGGGCCUUCAGGACUUUGAUGAGUCAUACGUGCAGACGGGCCAAGGACAGCUGUACUCAUGGUCAUCGCAGACCCACCAGAGAGCAGGCAGUCCCAUGGCGCUGCGAUGUAAUCACACCAUCAUUUACGAGGGGCAGGACGAACGCCAAGGCCCAGUACUUCAGCUGCUCAAGGUUUCUGGAAUAAACAGCGUCUACAACAUGUUCACCCUGACUUUGGACUUCCACAUCACUACCAGCCUCCUGGUACCAGAUGGUUAUGAAGACGCAUGCCCAAAAGGCUUCAGUCUCGACACGGCCUCUUACUGUGCUGAUGAAGACGAGUGUGCCCUGCAGUCUCCCUGCUCCCAUUCAUGCAGCAACAUCCUGGGAGGGUUCACCUGUGCCUGUCCUUCUGGCUUCACUAUCUCUGCAGAGACCAACACAUGCCAUGAUAUUGACGAGUGCUCCCAAGGUUCCCACAUGUGCCACUACAACCAGCAGUGUGUCAACACAGUGGGUACAUACCGCUGCCAGGCCAAGUGUGGACCAGGAUUCAAACCCAGCGUCACAGGAACCAGCUGUGAAGAUGUGGAUGAGUGCCAGGAGUCUGCUGUCUCCCCGUGCCACCAUAAGUGUCUCAACACUCUGGGUUCCUACCGUUGUAUCUGUCAUCCUGGGUACCAGUCGUCAGGACAUCGCUGCAUUGACAUCAACGAGUGCAUGAGGAACGUGUGCCCGGCACACCAGCAGUGCCGCAACACCGAUGGAGGAUAUCAGUGUUUUGACAGUUGUCCGGCUGGAAUGACCACAGCAGAAAACGGAGCCUGUGUAGAUAUUGACGAGUGCCAGGAUGGAAGUCACAUGUGCCGCUACAGUCAGAUCUGUCAGAACACAGUCGGAGGGUACGGAUGUGUUUGUCCCAGAGGUUACAGAUCUCAGGGAGUCGGCCUUCCAUGCCUGGACAUCGAUGAAUGCUCGCAAACGCCAAAUCCUUGUGCGCACCAGUGCCGUAACGUACCCGGCAGCUUCAGGUGCCUGUGCCCUCCCGGGACUCUGCUGCUGGGGGACGGGCGCUCCUGUGCGGGGCUGGAGCGAGGCCAGAUCUUCACCAACGGCACCAGAGUGAGGGCCAGACUCCGCCCACAGCUGGUGUCGACCCUGGGCCGGCCAAUCAUCUCCCGCUCUAACGGAGCAUCUCGCAUUACGAGGCAAAGCUGUCCUGUGGGCUACACCAGCAGAGAUGGUGCAUGUGUGGACGUGGAUGAGUGUUUGUUGAAGAAGCCAUGCCAACACGAAUGCAGAAACACAGUCGGCAGCUUUCAUUGUCUGUGCCCUCCCGGAUACAAACUUCUACCCAAUGGCAGAAGCUGUAAAGAUAUUGACGAGUGCGUGGAGCAAGGAAUUCAGUGUGGACUCAGUCAGAUGUGCUUUAAUACCAGAGGGGGAUACCAGUGUCUGGAUACACCCUGCCCUACUUCCUACCAAAGUGGAGGACGUCCUGGGACCUGCUUCAGGCCCUGCUCUCUGGACUGCGCCGCAGGCGGCUCGCCGCUGCUCCUGCAGUACAAGCUGCUCACGCUUCCCUCCGGCAUACCGCCCAAUCACAACGUGGUGCGGCUGUCGGCGUUCUCGGAGUCGGGCGUUCUGCAGGAGCGCACCUCCUUCACGAUACUCGAGCAGGAAUCGGUCACCGGUGUGACGGGCCGAGUGUUUGACAUCAGAGACGAGGCCGGCAGGGGCAUCAUCUUCACUCGGCGGGUUCUGGAUAGACCUGGACUCAUGAGGCUCAAGGUGCAGGCCACCACCAUCUCAGAACACGGUCGCAUAACGUACCAGAGCAUCUUCAUCAUCUACAUCUCCAUCUCAGCGUACCCCUACUGAGCCCACACGUUGCUGUACUAAUGACUCAAAAUCAGAAGAAACUGAUAUUUCAGUUUUUGUAAAAGCCCUGUAAGAAAAGCAAAAAGCUGAUCAUCCUGAAGUGUAAAUGUCUGCUACAUGCCCUUAACGGGAAAGAUGUGAGACUUUCAUACACCAAGCGAAUCCGAUGGAAAAUGCUAAAGAGUAGAGUGGGAAGGUAACAUAAUUUAGUCUCAAUCUAAAUGUUUUUUUCUUUCUCCAGAAUGUUCAGCAGUCCAUUGUUGUAGUGUUUGAUUCUCAUGUUGAAUACUCAAGUUUGGUACAGAGAUAUUUUUAUAGCUCACACUUGGAAGUAAAUGGCAAAUCUUUUCACAGCUAUGAAUUUGUUUAGUGUCCCCAGGAAGCCCUAUAUUAUUUAUUGAAGUCAUUUUAAACAAAAACCGCUUUAAGCACGCCUUAGCAAUAUCAGGUUUGCGUUGUAAUUGAGCUACUGGUGUACUGGCACAUCGUUAAAGGUCCUAUGUGAUAAUUAUUAUUAUUUUUUUACCUCUUUUAGAUUUGUCCUAUCAGAAGGUGCUAUUUUGAAUGUGGUAUUUGUGCGAUUGAUGCCAGUGCUAAUAAUUAAAAUGCCAGUGAUAUUUCACAACAACAAAAGAUAUUAAAAAGGAUAAUAAGCAAUUUGCAAACUAUUAUAUUUGCAUUAGAAUACAGCAAACUACUUUCCUAAUCCACACUAGUUGAUGUGGAAGAAAACCAGGACCAUAAAUGAACAAGAAGAGAAGUCACCCAGAACUAUCAACAAUAUUUGUAAAUGGUUUAAUAUUUGAAUUGAAACAAAAAAAACUCUCUUUGCUGUAACUGUGUCAAAUAUUUGUAUGAAUAAAAUACUUUUGCUUCUC